AUGGCCAACUCUGCAGCUGAACGACGAGACUUUAUCUCAAAAAGGAGCCUCUGUUUCAACUGCUUCGGUCCGCACAGGGGGGACAACUGCAAGAGCAGCAUCACUUGCCAGAAAUGCAAGGGCAAACAUCAUACGUCGAUCCAUGAGGAAUCUCCAGAACAUUGCAGAGAGACAGAGAGACAACAGGAUCGUUCUCCAGCACCACCUGGACAUGACAACCAAGAAGAUCCAGGAGCAACCGGAUCGAGAGGCAAAUCAUCAUCAUCGAGAUCAACGGCGAUAGAGAGAAUUGACGACUCUCUCAACUCUCCAGAGGUCUCACAGGGGAUUGCAUCAUCAUCAUCAUCAGCAUCGCGGUCAGUUGACGGUUCACCUGGCGAUCUCCAGUCAUCAGGAACAUCAUCAUCAAGGUCAGAGAGAGCGGGGCUGUCCUCUGACAGCAAGGUCAUCCAGGAGUCUUCAUCGACAUCAUCAGAUCAACGCGUUGUGCUGUUGGCAACUGUCAAAGCACAUGCAGCAUCAGCAUCAGGUGACUCAGGAUCAACUCGUGGUGCCGUCAAAGUCACUCUUCACUGUCGAUUUGACCUUCAAGAUCAGGUCGAGAUCACUGCUCACGUCUUGGCUAAGCUGACAUCAACCUUACCAUCAAUUCACUGCACAAAGGCAGAGGAAAAUCAUCUUCAAGAUCUUCAAUUAGCAUAUAACAAUUAUCUCAAACCUGGAUCCAUCGACAUCAUCAUCGAAGCUGAUCAUUAUGGUCAGAUCAUUAGAAAUGAGAUCAACAAAUUACCAGACAAUCAGCUUGUUGCACAACAAACUAUUUUUGGUUGGAUAGUUUCUGGGACGGUCUGCUGUACAGACUGCAAGCCGAAGUCUUCUCUAACUGCAGUACGAGAGUUUUCGACUGAGCAGCUGUUAGAUCUUCUUAAGAAGUUCUGGAUUCAGGAGGAAUUUCGAUCAACUAAGGCGGAGCAGCUCAAUCCUGAGGCGCAGGAGUGUGAGCUACACUUCCAAGAAACACAUACAAGGGACAGUGAGGAGCGUUAUGGGGUAGGUCUCCCACUCAAGACAUCACCAUCAGUUCUGGGCGAUUCUAGGAGAACCGCUUUUCAACUACUUCAUCGAACGGCGAAGAAACUAGAGACAAAUCUGAAGUAUGGAAAGCUCUACAAGGACUUCAUCAAGGAAUAUGAAGAUCUGGGACACAUGAGAAGGGUCUCAGAGUCAUCAGAGCCAUCACCGGUCCACUAUCUUCCUCAUCACGGUGUCUUAAGGAAAGAGAGCAUCACCACUAAACUCAGGGUAGUCUUCAACGGAUCCAAUGAGGGUCAUCGGUUUCCACUGGCGGCUGUCUUCCUGACAAAAAAGAGAUACGUCGACGACAUCUACGGGGGAGCUGAAUCUGAGGAACAGCUCAAGGAUCUCAUCAGUCAACUCAUCAAUCUUUGCAUGGCGGGCGGUCUAUCCCUGCAAAAACGGAUAUUAAAUCAUCAAGGAGUUCUACAGGAACUUAAAUUAUCAACGAAAUCAACAUCAGCUGUUCAAUUCGAGGACACGACUGUCAAGGUAUUGGGGUUGUGUUCGAAUCCUUAUUUAGACAUUUUCAUCUGCAAAUCAAAGAAGUCAUCACCGGACAAGAUCACCAAAAGGACAAUCCGCUCAGAGAUCGCAUAG